AUGGAUUUGACCAGAGACAAGCUUUUGUCCCCGAUAGACAAAACUUCUCCGGUCAAUGUCCUAGAAACAAGACUUUCCAAUCUGAGCUGCACAUCGAUAGUCACAGAAGAAGGUUCUGGGUCGAUGAUGGUGGCCAGAUACGAACAAACCAAUAACAAAAUCGGCUGUUCUUUGCGCAUAGCUGAGAGACUCAGAUUUUCUGGAAGCAAGAUAAACGGAUAG